UGCUGCGAGUAACUAUUAACGCCAAGUAGCGCGUAUGGAGUAAACUGGAUAGCACCUCGAGUACAAGAAUAUUAUUUGACGUAAAUUUUCGAGUAUAAAUACGUGUGCCUUUACUGACGGUACUUCAGUACGACAAGCGUUACGCUGCUGAGUGGACGCAUCGAGCGCUUGAACCGAAGUCAAUAGGAAGUGUGUGUGUGUCUAAUUUUGUGAAUUUUCAAACGAAGCGCAGAAAAUACGAAAUUUUUUACGACAAACUUUUCCGAGUGUCGAAUUUUUUUUGGAAUUUCUGAAAAUUAUUAAAAACGAAACAUGGCUAUACCUUUCUAUGAGCCACGCCAACAGCCCUCAACUGAGUGCGAUCAAAUUGAUGGACAUUUUCCACCAGCACCGAGCAGUCAGUCCGUGCCAAUGCCGACGGCAAAUUUUGGUGCGCCAACGGCCACAAAUCAAGCGUCUUCUAGCGGAAGUACAGCAGCGCCUGUUUUUGUAGCAACAGCUACAUCGACGGCUUUUUCAAAUGCAUCCACAACUUCAAGGAUUUCUUCGGCAACAGUUCCUGCUACAGCCAUUCCAAGCGCGUCUUCGAAUUUAAUCCCUGGCACUUCUGCAGCUACAGCAACUUUUUCGAUUUCAUCUACAAAUCCAGCCACCGCCGCUUCCUUGUCGUCCAAUUCGCAUUCUAACAGUUCCUCCGAAAAUUCAGACCCGUCUUCAGCCGCUUCCAUGACGGAGCCGCUACCUUGGAAGCUGCUUGCUGUGGCUAUGUGCAAAGCUUUAAAACAAUAUUAUCAACAAACGGGUUCCGCAGAUGUCUUCACCACUGCUGUCAUCGAGAUAUCGCCUAGCGGUGUAGCUGGUGGCGCACAACCGUCAACCGCCGGCAAUUAGAGACUUGCUGGUCAAAAAGAAGUUACUACAAUUUUACGUUCCUGGUCGAGGGGUCAAAGGCAUUGCAAGUGUCCAGUGUACUGUGUGGUAAAGCUCCAAAAAAGCGCAAUUGUGAUUAUGAGAAUCUCCGAACAUUUGACGGAUUCCGAGAAAAAUUUGAAGUAUUGUAUAUCCGUCGGUAAAAUGCUGAUUAAGCGGAGCUCAAUAGCCAUUUUAUGAGAAAGCAAAUUAUUGCAAUGCAUUGUGAGAUAUAAGCGUAAUUGUGAUAGCGUUUAUGUUCUAAGAAUGAAAAGUUUCAUUAGACUUAAUUAAGAAUUAAGCUGAUUAAUUCAAAUAGAGCUAGCAUAGAUUUUUGUAACUAACGUAUGUAAUAGCAUAAUUUAUAAUGAAGUUUACAAAUAAUAUUUUCACGCCUAAAAUUAGUUCCAAAUCACCACUGGUUUAAAAAAAAAAUAUUAACAAUUUUUAAUUUCAAAAAUUAGUUUUUCAGUUUAGUUUCAUUCAAAGCUUUAGUUUAUAUAAAAGAGUAACAUGUGUACUCAUAAAUGGCGCAUA